AUGAAUAGGGAUCAAAUUACUCUGACAAAUGGAUUGACGAACGAAUCGCUAACAUGCGGUACAAUAGCACAAGAAGCAAUGAACCUAGCGGUGUCACUCUCUCGUAUUGGUGUCCAAAAGGGAGAUGUGAUUGCCUUAUGUUCAGAAAACAGGAUGGAAUUCUGGCCCACUGUCAUCGGUGCCGCAUGUACCGGUGCUGUGAUAACCACCAUUAAUCUUGGAUACAGGAAAGAGGAAUUUAAGAAUGUGAUGAGCAUAUCGAAACCGAAAUACGCUAUCUUCUCGCCGCGAACCUUCGGAGACUUUGAGAAAACUGUGCGAUCGUUAAAUCACAUACACAAGAUUAUUUUAUACGGAGAGAAGCGACAAGAAAAUACUUUGUUAUAUAAUGAACUGGCUCGUAUAUGUCUUAAUGGAGUGCUGAAAAACAAUAUCGAUUUCGAUAAAUUUGAGACGGUUGAUGUUCGAGGGCAGACCGAUACCCUGUUUGUCCUGUAUUCGUCAGGGACAACGGGUUUGCCAAAAGGAGUCAUGCUCACACAUUUAAACGUCAUAGCUGCGUGCAGUUUACCGGUGUCAACGGAUCCACAAGAAACCAGUAUUAUCGUCACGCCAUGGUAUCACGUUAUGGGAUUAAUUGGAACUUUGAGGUCAUUAAGAGUUGCUUCAAAGUCUGUCUACUUGCCAAAAUUCGACGUAGAUACCUAUUUGAAGACAAUUGAAAUGUACAAGGCUAGCCAACUUAUACUUGUCCCGCCAGUGUUGGUGGUUCUCAGCAAAUACCAAUCCAACCAUGACGUCAGCUCCGUCAAACUGAUCAUUUCCGGAGCUGCACCUCUGCACGGCGACACUAUAGAAGCAGUUCGAAAAAGGUUUACCAAUUGUGAGGCAGUAUUACAAGGUUACGGCAUGACCGAAUCAACACUUGCCAUUACACGGGAUACUUAUCAGACGGUUCAAUCAUCCAAACAUGGCGGAGUUGGAUCUAUAUGCGAAGGCUUUACUGUCAAGAUUGUGGAUUUGGAGACGAGAAACCCUUUGGGACCAAACCAGCCUGGUGAGAUAUGUGUGAAAGGGGUCAUGGUAAUGAAAGGAUAUAUUGGAAAGGACGUGAAGGAGGAUUUUGAUGAAGAGGGUUUCUACAAAACCGGGGACAUUGGGUACUAUGAUCAAGACAAAUAUUUUUAUAUAGUGGACAGACUUAAAGAGCUCAUUAAGUACAAAGGCUAUCAGGUCGCGCCUGCGGAACUGGAAGCCCUACUUCUGCGGCAUCCAGGAGUUCGUGACGUGGGUGUGGUAGCUUUGCCCGAUGAGACUGCAGGAGAAGUGCCGCUUGCGUUCGUUGUGCCUCAGCCAGGAAGCGCCCUUACGGAAGCAGAACUGCAGAAAUUCGUAGUUGACAGAGUAUCGAAUCCAAAGCGUUUACGAGGCGGUGUACGGUUUGUGAAGGAGAUUCCGAAAAAUCCUAGCGGGAAAAUACUUCGAAAGGUUUUGCGAAAAAUGAUUAAGAAUACUGCCAGUAAACUC